GGUCUGGUUUCUCUCCCUUUUUUAUUAGCUUCCUUAUUCUCAUUUCUUGGCAUUCUCUGUACUGGAAAAUGUAAAAGGUUGGUCUUUUAAGCUAAAUUUAGUUUCGAUUCUGUUGAUGAAAUCAUUGUUUGCGUCUUUGGGUGAUCUGAAGAUUGUAUUUUGAGUGAUGGGUGUUUCUUUUCUUCUCUUGUUUUAGUGUUUAGAAAGAUCUAAUUUGGGUUGGGGAAUUAGGUUUAUUCUUUUCUGGGUGGUAAUAUGGAGGAGGCUGAAGAAGCUAACAAAGCAGCAGUCGAGAGCUGCCAUAGAGUUUUGAGCAUUUUGUCCCAGCCUCAAGAUCAAGUUCAUUACAGAAAUUUAAUGGCUGAAACUGGGGAAGCUGUUUUUAGGUUCAAAAGAGUAGUUUCACUUUUAAACGCUGGCUUGGGACAUGCAAGAGUGAGGAAACAAAGGAAGUUACAAACCCCUUUUCCUCACAGCAUCCUUUUGGAUAAUCAACACCAUAAGCCAACAGACUAUCCAUACAAGGAUUUGCAGCUCGGUUUCCAUGAAAACUCAGUUCAAGAACUGAGUUCACAUGCCAAGAGUUCUCUCUGUCUGGGGAACCCGUUUUUGGAACUGAGUUCAAAUGCUAAAAGCCCUCUUCAACUCGCCCAACAUCCACCGUCCGGCCACUAUCAUUUACUCCACCAACAGCGGCAACAGUUGCAACAAAGGUUACAGCUCCAACAGCAGCAGCAUCAAAUGAAACUUCAAGCUGAAAUGUUGUUUAGGAAGAGUAAUAGUGGGGUUAACUUGAACUUUGAUAGCUCUAGCUGCACACCUACCAUGUCAACGACGAGGUCUUUCAUCUCUUCCCUUAGUAUAGAUGGUAGUGUGGCUAAUUCCGACAAUGGGAACGCGUUCCAUUUGAUCGGGGCACCUCGAUUCUCAGAUCAGGGUUCCCGACACAAGAAGAAGUGUGCCGGUAAGGGAGAAGAUGUGAGUAUCAAAUGUGGAAGUAGUGGUAAAUGCCAUUGCUCGAAAAAGAGGAAACAUAGAGUGAAGAGAUCAAUCAAGGUGCCUGCUAUCAGUAACAAGCUUGCUGAUAUUCCUCCAGAUGAUUAUUCAUGGAGGAAAUACGGGCAGAAGCCGAUCAAGGGUUCUCCUCACCCUAGGGGAUAUUAUAAAUGUAGCAGUUUGAGAGGUUGCCCUGCAAGGAAGCACGUCGAGAGGUGCUUGGAAGAGCCAUCCAUGCUUACUGUUACCUACGAAGGUGAGCAUAACCACCCAAAGUUACCAUCACAAACGACGGCAUAAUCUCAAUGGAAACUCUGCGAAAGAAUUCAAGUCUUCAAUGUUCAAUCUAUAAUGGUUGGCUCGACUUGGUCAUGUAAAUAUUUUGCAUGGUUCAAGCUUGGGGUAUAUUGGAGCAGGUUGGCUUUCCAAGCCAUUUUAACAAUCCGGCAUCCAGCAUUAAUCCCCAGUGCCGAACCAAAAGAGAGUGGAAUUGGGGUCUAAAUUGUAAAGAACUGCAAUCAAAGCUUGGAAAGAGUUGAACUUUUUGAAUUAAAUGAAAUGCCAUUGGUGCUUCUCAACAUGAUAUAAUUGAUGUAUUUUUUUUUCUUUUUUGUAAAUGAAC